UAUUCCUCGGCCAUAGCUUCGGAGCUUCUUUCGGGACAAUAAUAUGUAGCAUUUGCAUAUCUAUCGCGAGUACGUUAUAUAGGUAUUAUUAUAUAGGCGUACGCGAACACGCGGUACGUUUUAACCGGCUAAUUAAACACGUGCUGUAAUUACACCGAGAUGGCGAGACUGGGAGGCGUGCGACUAGCGGCGAUAAUCGUCAUCUCUAUAACAAUUAAAUUGCUCUCCGUACACGGCAGGAAAUGCGUGUGCACAACCAAGACGUGCGUUGAAACCGGAAAGGACACCUGCGGGACGCGUUUCGCCUGUUACACGGAGUUCAUCCUCGCGGACGAGGGACAAGGAAAUACGACAACUCGCGGCUGCACUGAAGACGCGACGCCACUUCUGUGCGAGAAUCCUCCCAGGUCCGAGGACACUUCGACGGGUUACCAGCACCGGGUUCGACUGCCGCGUUUGAGAUGCUGCAACUCCCACGACUACUGCAACCGCGGCGCCCUCGACCCUCUGCUCCAGGAUCACCGUCGGCCCUUGUCAACCCAGAACCGCGAUCCCGUCGUCAGCCACGGGGACUCUCAAGGCAAAUCCUCGGACCCCCCGGAUCGCAAUCGCGAUAAGAAACUCCUCGACUCUUCGGCAUUUACCGACGACGGCAGCGGUCUGAAUUCUUUGACCCUUCGGCAGGUCAAACCCCUCCACGUGGCAGCCCUUGUUCUCGCAGUGGCCGCCCUCAUCUCGGUUCUCGCUGCCUGUUACGUCAUCACCAGAUUUCUACGAUCUCAUCCGUACCCGGCAGCAGCGAGACAAAAUGUCAACUGAUCAUCCGUGAUCGAGAUGCCUCGAUCGCCACGCGGUAUAAAAAUUAUAUCUCGAAGAAGGAUGGGACUUAU